CCGGACUGCUGCCCGCCCGCCCACCACAACAAACAAGACCAUGCGCAGCAGCAUCCGUGAAGCAAUGACCCACCCCCUUCGCGACUGUCGCUGCCGUCGCGCGAAAGGCUCGAGCACCUUCGAGAGCUUUCCAACACCCCGCAACUCCCCCGCAUAACACCGGGCAGCUGUAGCUCCCCGCCGCAACCAUGGACGACCGCGAGCAGCAGCGGAGCAUGUCGCUAGUGCCCUACCAGCCAGCCGAGUCGCGAGAGAUUGUACUGCGUCACGGUUCGGCCGUCGUGGUCUACGAUCAGCGCUCCAAGCAACUCUCCCUGCGCGAUGCCUCCCACUCCACCGCCGUCGAAGCGACGUCCUGUCCGUACUGCCACCGACCGUACCAUGAGAGCCCGCCCCAUGACGCCGACGAGAGCGACGAGCACGACCAUGGAGGUAUCUCGGAGCCGGAGGCCGGCUUCGUCAACCCAGGCUACUUCCAGAUGCUGCGGCGCAGCCAGCCGGGCUCAGCUGAAGUGUCGCGGCCACCAUCGCCGCACAAACAGCUAGCACCAGCACCGAUACGGGAUACACAUGGCGCGCUGCACGCUCCGGAGGGUGCCGAGUUUGUGGGUAGUACGCCCGUGCCGCCGAAGCAUCAUGGAAUAUCCACGCACGCCUUCAGCCCGAACUACUUCAAGACCUUCUUUGUGGAAGAGCGCGAGCUGGGAAGAGGAGGAAAGGGCGUCGUGAUUCUAGUGAGGCAUGUCCUGGAUGGGGUGAACCUUGGUCGGUUUGCAUGCAAGCGAGUGCCUGUCGGCGAUGAUCACGAAUGGCUGGAGAAGGUCUUGAUCGAGGUGCAGCUGCUGCAGCACCUAUCGCACCAGAACCUGGUGUCAUACCGCCACGUUUGGCUCGAAGACUACCAGAUAUCGACCUUCGGUCCCAGCGUCCCUUGCGCCUUCAUCUUACAGCAAUACUGCAAUGGUGGGGACCUCCAGAGCUACGUCUUGGGCAACACUAAGACGACAUUCACAAAAGAGCAGAUGAAAGAGCGAUUGAGGAGGCGAUCGAAAGGACAGCUGGAUGAUCCGCACGAUUUGCAAAGCGCACGCAAAAUGCACUUCGAAGAGAUUAUCUCGUUCUUCAAGGACAUCACAUCCGGACUGAACCACCUGCACGCUAACGGGUACAUACACCGAGAUCUCAAGCCGAGCAAUUGCUUGCUGCACAAUACUGGCCUGAAAGUGCGGGUGCUGGUCAGCGAUUUUGGGGAGGUGCAGGUUGCGAAUGUGGCCAGAAAGUCGACAGGCGCUACUGGGACGAUAUCAUACUGUGCGCCUGAGGUACUGCGGCAUGUCGCGCCGAAUGGUCCGCUGGGCAACUUCACCACCAAGUCUGACAUCUUCUCACUCGGCAUGAUUGUCUACUUCAUGUGCUUCGCACGGCUGCCGUACCGAAAUGCAGAUGGCAUCGACGAGGACAAGGAGGACCUAGAGAAGCUUCGAGAAGAGAUCUCGGCAUGGGUUGGCUUCGAUGAUGAGAGGAGAGUGCGGUCUGAUCUCCCGGAGAAGCUCUACCGUUCCCUUAAGCAUCUCCUCGCCCUGAACCCGGACGAGCGGCCUACGACAGAGGAGAUAUUGCACGCUCUGAAGUCGCCCUCCGUCCUCGAUGAGUUCAGCGGAUUUGCUGGGCCCUCCGGAUUGGACGAUAUGGGCCCCAGGAUUUCGAGAGCAGACACACCGAGCCCCGCCCCAGCACAGAACCAUCGGAAGCGGAGCUCAGUCCACUACACCCGCCCGGGUCGAUCAAAGCUGAGUGCAACUCAUUCGGCAGAGCAUCAUUCGCCCAGUCCACCACCUCAUCAACGGGCCGAUGUAAGGUCACCAUCGGAGGAAGGCUCGGUCAUCCUACGGCCUCGGACGCUGGACAAAGGGAGCACAGGUCCACCUGAGCGUGACCACUCCCCUGAACGCUCGCCCCGUCUAAUGCUCCCGCCUCCUCCUUCUCCAAAUGGCCGUACCCGUCUCUACCAUCUUCUACAUAAUCCCACAUUCAUCGGUGUUGCCAAGAUAUCCCUUUUCAUUGCAAAAGUUAUUUCCUUGUUCAGUCCGUGCCAGCCUUUUGCGGCGGAUCCGUGGGUUGCGUAUCCGCUGCUUUGUUUUGCUUCGCUGGACUUCUUGUUCGUAGGCGUUGGGUUUAUGUUUCGGGGACAGCAUUUGGGAUUCGGUGGUCUGGGAGCAUCGGUGCUGAUUUUGGCACUGCAUGUGGUCGUUGUGGCGUUGCUGCUGAGAUGGGACAAGCUUUGUUUGAGGAGGGGCGUGGCUUGGGAGGGGAUCUGAGCAGAGUGGAGGCGAGUUAGGGUAGAAUAAAGACUUCGAAUAGAGCUGUAAAAACUCG